CUCGGUAAUUUGAUUCCUUUUGGGUUUCUCCGUUCCGACUAUUUUUUUUUUUAAUAUUUAUAAUUCUCUCCUCUUCCCCAGUACUUUACUGCCUCCUUCCGUUUUAUUUUCUUCUCCUUCUCUCAAAAUCGAGAAUGGCGGUGGAAAAGCAAUACAUUAACAGCGAGGACCUCAAGCAGCACAACAAGCCCGGCGACCUCUGGAUCUCGAUCCAGGGGAAGGUCUACAACGUCUCCGAGUGGGUGAAGCGGCACCCGGGCGGCGAGGUAGCCAUCGCCAACGUCGCCGGCCAGGACGUCACCGACGCAUUCAUAGCCUACCACCCGGGCACGGCGUGGAAGGAACUCGACCCGCUCUUCACCGGCCACCACCUCGAGGACUACGCAGUCUCCGACGUCUCCAAGGACUACCGCCGCCUCGCCGCCGAGUUCUCCAAGCUCGGCCUCUUCGACAAGAAAGGGCAUGUCGCCGUCUCGGCACUCGCCGCCGUGGCGGCCCUGUUCGCGAUGGUGGUAUACGGCGUCGUUUGCUGCGAAUCCCCCUGGGCCCACCUCGGGGCGGCGGCGCUGCUAGGGUUUCUCUGGAUCCAGAGCGCGUACGUGGGUCACGAUUCGGGUCACUACCAGGUCAUGACGACCCGAGGGUACAACAAGCUCGCCCAGCUCCUCGCCGGAAACUGCCUCACCGGGAUCAGCAUCGCGUGGUGGAAGUGGACGCACAACGCCCACCAUUUGGCGGUGAACAGCCUCGAUUACGAUCCAGAUCUGCAGCACAUCCCGGUGUUCGCCGUCUCGACCCGGCUCUUCAAAUCGAUCCGAUCCGUCUUCUACGGGAGGAAUUUGGAUUUCGAUCCGGUGGCGAGGUUCCUCGUCAGCUACCAGCACUGGACGUUCUACCCGGUAAUGUGCGUCGCCAGGGUGAAUCUCUACCUCCAGACCUUCAUCCUCUUGUUUUCCCCCAAACGAAUUGUCCCCGACAGGGCGCUGAACAUAGCCGGGAUUUUGGUUUUCUGGACCUGGUUCCCUCUUUUGGUUGCUUGCUUGCCGAAUUGGCCAGAGAGGUUCGUGUUCGUGCUGACUUCCUUCGCCGUGACAUCGAUCCAGCAUGUUCAGUUUUGUCUCAACCAUUUCCCGGCGAAUGUGUACAUGGGUCCGCCGAGGGCCAACGAUUGGUUCGAGAAGCAGACGAGGGGGACGGUCGACAUCUCGUGCCCGUCGUGGAUGGAUUGGUUCCACGGCGGGCUGCAGUUCCAGCUGGAGCACCAUCUUUUCCCCAGGCUGCCGAGGUGCCAGCUGAGGAAAGUUUCGCCGCUGGUUCAAGAUCUCUGCAAGAAGCACAACCUGCCGUACCGGAGCUACUCGUUCGUCGAGGCGAACGUGUGGACGAUCAAGACGUUGAGGGCGGUGGCGGUGCAGGCGAGGGACCUGGCGAACCCUGUGCCCAAGAACAUGGUGUGGGAAGCUGUUCAUACUCACGGUUGAGAGGGGAUUUUUGUUUGUUUGUUGACGAAUGGAUUCCAUCUCUGUUCAGGGGGGAAGUUUUUUUGAAAAUUUUGCUUCCUCUUUUGUUGUGUUCAUUUUUUCAGUGAAUUAAGAACUGGCUACAAUUUACAGGGGUAGUAGAGUUGUCUUUCAAUUGCUUAAUUGUAUUUCUUUGGUUGCAUUAUUGCUGAUAUACUGGAACUACAAGUUCUUUGAGUUUUUUUUUUUCCCCUCAAUAGGAGAUUACAAUGUUGAAAUAAAUGGCCGUCAAUAGU